AAAGCUUUUUGUAUUUAUUUGGCAGGUUUUAACCUACUGUUCUACUUGUGCAUUGUGUGAUGAAAAGGCUCUGGCCUAGAAGGGUGCAAAGUGCACUGCUGGUAGUACUACAGAGCCAUGACUUAUUAGCCUCAACUGUGGACAUCUGUAUUUCAUGAAGGUCUUUUGUGGCAUAUGCUGACUGUGAUCAUUCUGUGUCAUCGAUCAUUAUGCAAGGGGAAUAGUGAUAGCAGUGAAGAGGCUCAUGUUAAGACAAAGAAAUUUCAAAAUGCCUAAUCUGGUUGUAGGACUUCUCUUUUCCAUCUUCAUUCUCCAUUGCACCUUGGCACUGAAGGGGCCGAACAUAUGCACCAAACAGGAGACGCAAAUCAAGUCAGUCCGAGUUACAUAUCUGCAGCCAUACCAGGUGAAGACCUACACAUGGUGCUUUGCUAUUCCUCCAAGAUGUUCGAAGUUCAAGAUCAAACAUAAGGUUGCUUACAAGACUGAGGCUGUGGCAGAGACGAAAACCAUUGAGCUUGUGAGAAUGGAAAGUGGGGAGCUGGAUGUCAGAAUAAUUGUGAAUGCAAAAAUGGAGCCAGAUGUGACCCUUUAUAUGGAAACUGCACCUGCCUUGAAGGCUGGUCUGGAACACAUUGUGAGGCACCAUGCCCCAAUGGGACUUAUGGACUGGAGUGUCAGGAGACAUGUCGAUGUAAGAAUGGCGCUAAGUGUGAUCCCAUUUCUGGGGCAUGCUCUUGUGCUGCUGGGUGGACUGGACCACUGUGUGAAGACCCAUGUCCAGAAGGUACUCAUGGAGAACAGUGUGCAUCUGUGUGCAAUUGUCAGAAUGGAGGAACCUGCGAUCAUAUCACAGGAAAGUGCAACUGUACUGAAGGCUGGAUGGGAGACGUGUGUGGAAAUUCUUGUCCAAGAGAUCGCUGGGGACUUGGAUGCAAGAAUCGUUGUACUUGUCACAAUGAUGGAAUCUGCAAUCCAAUCAAUGGGAGCUGCUCAUGCCCUCCAGGUUAUCGGGGACUACAGUGCGAGAUGCAGUGUCCUCUUGGUCGGUUUGGUGUGGACUGUCGUGGUGAGUGCCUAUGUGAAAAUGGAGGAAUUUGUUCUCACAUUGAUGGCACUUGCACAUGCAAGGAUGGAUGGACAGGCCAACUGUGCCAGGAACGUUCUUGCCCUUCACACCUCUAUGGACAUGACUGCUCCAAAGUUUGUGACUGUGAAUCCCUCAACACUGAACUUUGUCACCCAUGGAGUGGUGAUUGCCGGUGUAAGCCUGGUUGGGAUGGUUCACGUUGUUCCAGGCCUUGUCCAACAUACACCUUUGGCAAGAAUUGUGAAAAUAUGUGUGACUGUAAAAAUGAUGCAUUCUGCAAUGCUGAGGAUGGCUCCUGUGUCUGUGCUCCUGGUAAGUGACUCCUUUUCAAAAGUUACAGAGGUUCACUGUGUGAAGAGAAGUGCCCUGAAGGACGAUUUGGUCAAAAUUGUAGCCUCACAUGCAGAUGCAAAAAUAAUGCCAACUGCUCACAUACUGAUGGCCACUGUGACUGUGAAUCAGGCUGGCAAGGUCAGCAAUGUGAUGUGCCAUGUUCAGCUGGUAAUUAUGGAGCCAAGUGCCAAAAAACAUGUUCAUGCCACAAUGGGGCCUCAUGCAAUCAUAUCACAGGUGCCUGUACAUGUGCUGCUGGCUACAAGAACAACAGUUCCUGUCAUCCACGUGCCGGUACAUGUGUUUGUGAGAGGGGAUGGACUGGACCCAACUGCAAUCAACCAUGUUCUGCUGGAUUCUAUGGACAGAAUUGUGAAGAACCUUGUCCUGUUUGCUACCAUGGAGAAUGUGUUUGUGUGCCUGGCUGGAGAGGGGAAACAUGUGAGGAGCCUUGCUCUGAGGGUACCUUUGGCCUUGGCUGUUUACAGAAAUGUACUUGUCUGCAUGGAGGCCAGUGUAGGGCCAAUGAUGGCCAAUGCAGGUGUCCUCCUGGAUGGAUGGGUCCUCACUGUCAGGAAGGUAUUUUGUCCUGAGGGCUACUUUGGAGAUCACUGUAUUCAAGCAUGCCAAUGCCCAAAUCAGAAUUUCCGCUGCCAUCCAGUAGAAGGUUGCACAUGCAGAGCAGGAUACACAGGCAAAGAAUGCAACAUUCCUGUGGUGCUGCCAAACAUUCAACCUCAUCCUGAGUCACGGGAGAUCCAGGGCUCAAGCAGUGGUGGAUUGAUAGCUGGCAUUGUGGUGACACUUCUGGUUAUCCUGGUAGUAGCUGGACUCAUGUUCUAUUACAGACGAAGACUGUACCAUCUCAAGACUGAGCUCCAGCAAGUCUACUUUCACAAUGCUCCUCCUCCUGAUCAGCGACACUUUGACAACCCAGUGUAUGAAUACCAAGCAACAUCAAAGCCAGAUGUAAAGCUCAACAACGUUCGUGUGCACAACAAUCUCAACAAUCCUCCAAGCAUGAAAGAGAAUAUAAAUUUGGAGUGGUCAAAACUUGGAAUCCCUCCUGGAGAAGGAGCAUCUCUAGAUGAUGAUCAUUACAACAGUGAUGAAGACAACGCAGAGAAAGGUGCCUGUGGUGGAGCAGAUGGAGAAGUCUUUGAAUAUGACUACCCAAAGGGAUCUCUCAGGGCAAAGAUGAGGGAAGCCGAUCGAACAAAUCCAAAUGUAUAUUCCUCAAUUGAAGAAUUGAAAGGAGAAGCCAAAAACUCUGAGCAUCUGUAUGAGGACAUCAAAGUGCAAAAGAGAGAGGCAGACUCAGGGAUAGAAGAUGGUCCAGCAUAUGAUCAUCUGAAUCACAGCCGCCCUUCAAAUGAGAUGCUGGACAACUACCAGCGCAUGCCAUCCUUGUCUCCUUCAACUCCUCCUGAAACAACUUUGAGGAAGCAAAAGGACAGCAAGCCUUCACUCGCUUCCAUACCAUGACAGCCCUCAUUCCUCUCGUCUACUCUCUCAUAAUUACCCUGAUCUCUCUCUUUCAUCCUGUUUCCAUAUUCCAUCCAACCAUAGAGUUUCUUGUGAAUUUUAUCAUUUGUUUGUGUGCCUUGAUGUGGUACUGUUCUAUUGUUUUUCUUUCAUUCUGUGCUGGUCAGCAUUCCCCCUUGCUAGUCAUUCUCUGACCGAUUCAGAACAAAGCAUGAUUCUGUACUAUCAGAAGUUUUAAGUGUCUUGAUUUCACUUUUUAAGCAUCUUCCUUCUUUUGGGUCUCUCUUUCUGUAUAUGAUUACUUUUCAUCAGUAUUUUUUUCCAUUAUUGACAACCAAUGUCUGCUUGAGGAUCUGGUAUAUGUGAUUUGUAGCAAUUCAGCGUAUAGUAUAUUGAUGUUUAUUUGAAUUAUUCUGGUUUCCUGCAUCAUCUCACUGAGAGCUUGAUUAGUAUUGCAUGUGGUUUUAGAUUGAUUAAAGUAACAAUGUGAACCAUGCUAAUUGAAUUCCUAUAGAUUGCAGAAUUAGGUCUGAGGUUUUGCCUUCUGCAUCUUGAUUAUGGUGAUUUAGUUAUGUGCCGUCCAUGGUGAGGUGGUGCUGGAAAUAAGACUUACCUCCCCAAAACUGGAAUUUCAUAUUGUGUGUGCUAGGUUUGCAUGACAUUUUGAAGAUAGCUUUUGAUGAAUGCGUUUUUAUGGAAUUGUUUUCUCAUAUCAUGUUGCCCUGUGAUGAAAAACAUGUUCAGGAUGUUCUAUGUUUGCCCUGAAGAAGUAACUGAAGUUUUAUCAUGAUGCAUGGGAAUCAAAAGCAUUCCCAAUGCCAGGAUGUUUGCCGCAUGCAAUACAAAAAUAAAAUUGCUAUAUUCUCAUUUCCC